AUGGGAGAGAGACUACGAUUCCCAGCAUGCCACAACUUCCGGCUCUUCGCAUACGUCACGACGUCGCCCAACGUCUUAUCAAGUCGCCUGUAUAAUCUUUCUGGUCCUGAACGAGACUCCAUGCAGGAGUACAUUUCGGAAUCCUUAGACUCAGAAAAGAACUACGACGUAGGGAACCGUGAGCUUCUGGCCGUGAAACUGGCCCUGGAAGAAUGGAGACAUUGGUUGGAGGGCACGGACACUCCAUUUCUCAUUUGGACGGACCACAAAAACCUCACGUACCUUCGCGAUGCCAGACGGUUGAACCCAAGACAGACCAAACUCGCCCUGCUCCGUACAGCCACGCAGAACAAGGCCCUUGCAGACCGUCAUCGCUCCGCAGCCCCAUCCUACAGGGUUGGACAAAGGGUGUGGCUCUCCACGUGCCAUAUUCAACUGCGAGACACCCCACGUGCUGACAUUGCUAAUGUGUGCAACGAGGCAGCGCUCAUCGCUGCUCGCCACCUGUCUGACGCCAUCAGCCCGAAACACUUCGAGCAGGCUAUCGAGAGAGUCAUUGGAGGUCUGGAGAAGAAAACGCAGGUCCUUCAUCCAGAGGAGAAGGAGACGGUGGCGUAUCACGAGGCAGGCCACGCCGUGGCCGGUUGGUUCCUGGAGCAUACCGACCCGCUGCUGAAGGUGUCCAUCAUCCCUCGGGGGAAAGGCUUGGGUUAUGCUCAUUACCUGCCCAAAGAGCAGUACUUGUACACCAAAGACCAGCUGAUGGACCGCAUGUGCAUGACCCUGGGGGGCCGGGUCUCUGAGGAGAUCUUCUUUGGACGGAUCACGACUGGAGCUCAGGAUGACCUGCAGAAGGUCACACAGAGUGCUUACGCCCAGAUUGUUCAGUUCGGGAUGAACCCGAAGGUGGGCCAGGUGUCCUUUGAUCUGCCCCGGCAGGGAGAGAUGGUUCUGGAGAAACCUUACAGUGAGGCUACGGCCCGGUUGAUCGACACUGAGGUGCGAGCAUUGAUCGACGAGGCAUACCAGAGAACCCAGCAGCUGCUGAAGGACAAGAAGGAUGAGGUGGAGAAGGUGGCCCAGCGACUGCUGGAGAAAGAAGUUCUGGACAAGAACGACAUGGUGGAACUUCUGGGCAAACGGCCGUUCGUUGAGAAGUCCACGUACGAGGAAUUUGUGGAGGGAACUGGCGACGAGGACGAGAACACCACGCUGCCCAAGGGUCUGAAGGACUGGAACCAGGACCGGCGUGACAAGGAGGCUGGUCCGGAGGACCAGGUGGCCCACCAGAUCUCCAGAGGGAUGCCCUUCUAGAACCUCCUGCUGAGGUUCUGGGUUUUACAGCAUCACAGUCACGGAACAACAAG